CACUGAUUUCUCAUUGGUCAAAUAUUUGAAUUGCAAACAACAGCUCUUCGCAUUGACCAACGUUUAAGAUUUGCGGACUUUGGUCAAAAUCUUAAAAUUAUUGAAUGACAGUCGGUCUUAUUGAGAAGAAUUAAGAUCAGUUAAAGAGAUGUUGAAAAGGCUGGCUCGUCUGCUCUUUGGGGGACAGGAGGCCCCCCCCGGGGAGGUCCAGCCUGAAGAAGUGGUGGAAGAAGAAUGGCUUGUGGUCAGUCAUCAAGAGGCAGCGUCUGCCGGGACCGGGACCGGGAGCGUGGGGGCCUCCAGUCUACCCCCUGACUCCGAUCCUAAUACAGUUGCUACUACACCAGUAGAUACGGAUGCAAGUGUUUCUGUCAGCGUAACAGACCCAGAGAGCGAGCAGUCGACGGAUCAAAGCGGAGGAACUGCCAGUAAGCGUGGAGUCGCCUCAGCAUUACUUUCUCCGCCCGAAGCUUUGCAGGAGCUCACAAAGUUAACAUGCAGGAAAGCAUCCCGCACGUCCAGCCAUUGCAUGUCCCGAAAUGCUAUUCAGCGUCAGAAUCGUGUUCGCCAAGGCUGCCAACAACACUCCUUCCCUCUCCAACAGCCGGGUCAUCGCACCCUCAGCCACUGAAGUAAAUACUCUAGCCUAAAAAAACACAAACACAAAACAUCUACUCUUGCCAUAGUUGAGUAUUGCACUUUAAAAAAAACAACCAUUAGCCAUCUUUAUUGCACGCAAUAAUUAUUGCACGCAAUAAUUAUUGCACGCAAUAAUUAUUGCAUUUAGAUGCACUAUUUUUUAUCUAUAAUAAAGUGAUUUGUGAUGUGUUGUAUUUUUUGUGUUAAAACAGUAAAAAAAAAUGUU